GCAUUGUCGUUGCGAUUGGCCUCCUGUCAAUAAGGGAGAGGCAUACCUUAUUGUCGCCACGCUGCCAACAAUGCCAGCGCCACGGCCUCAGUCCAUCCGCGUAACCCACUUGCAGCGUGUUGGGAUUUGAGUUUGCCGCCACGGAGCCAGCCUUCCAGAACGAGGCAGCAGGGCCAAAGAACGGCUCGCUUUAGUUCUUGAACAGAGUUGGAGCUUUGUUUGAUCAGAGGCUCCACCGGCAAUUAGCUCAACCGAACCAUCAUGCUGUCUGUCGCGUUUCUCUCUUCUGUCUUGUGCUCAGCUCCGACAGCCUGCCCACCCCCUCUUUCAGCCCCGAGGCACCUCUUCUCACGGCAAUGGAGCUACUACCUGCUAGCGGCGGCCGACGGCUUGCUGGUCCGUUGCAAAAGAUGUCGCCAUGCUGCCGACCGACUCCUUGCCCGACAAAGAGCGGCGGGAAAUAUCGAAAGAGGGAGCAGAUGCAUGCUGAGGCUGCCUCACUCGACCAAUGCGUGGCCGACCCGAGUCGCACAAAGAAGCGCUUGCCAGGCUCGGCCAAUCUCGAAAUCUCCUCGAUAUUUCAUAGGGUGCAAUAAGACGCCAUCCUCCGCACGACAAUGGCCUGCGUGAUACUGCUUUGGCGUUUACGCAACACCACGGCACUAGCCCCAACGCUA